AUGAAGCUCUGGUCGUCCUUGCUGCUUGGAGCGAGCUUGCUCACAGGGACCCAAGCAACCACCAACGGGUUAACAGAUCUGGUUGCCUGGGAUCCUUAUAGUCUGACGGUGAACGGCAAUCGACUCUUCAUCUUCUCCGGCGAGUUCCACUACCCGAGACUUCCGGUCCCAGAAUUGUGGCUCGAUGUCUUUCAGAAGUUGCGCGCCAAUGGAUUCAACGCAGCUAGUAUCUACCUCUUUUGGAAUUAUCACUCGCCUACCAACGGGACUUUCGACUUCGAGACUGGUGCGCAUAACCUGCAACGCCUGUUUGACUAUGCGCAGGAAGCGGGAAUCUAUCUUAUUGCACGGCCCGGGCCCUAUGCCAAUGCUGAAGUCAGUGGAGGUGGUCUGGCUCUCUAUCUGAGCGAUGGUAGUGGGGGCUCGUUGCGCACGGGCGACGCUACCUACGAGGCAGCCUGGAAACCGUGGGUUGAAGAGAUCGGCAAGAUCAUCGCCGCCAACUCUAUCACUAAGGGUGGACCAGUCAUUCUCAACCAGAUCGAGAACGAGCUGCAGGAAACAACACACAGCGCAAGCAACACUUUGGUCCAGUAUAUGAUCAAGCUUGAGGAUGCUUUCCGCGCUGCUGGCGUGGAUGUUCCCUUCACUAGCAACGAGAAAGGAAUGCGAUCCCAGAGCUGGUCCACAGACUACCAAGACGUCGGUGGCGCGGUCAACGUGUACGGUCUGGAUUCCUAUCCCGGUGGACUCAGCUGUACCAACGAAGCUACCGGGUUCAAUGUCGUCCGCACCUACUAUCAGUGGUUCCAGAAAUACAGCUUCACGCAGCCUGAGUACCUACCCGAGUUCGAAGGGGGGUGGUUCUCUGCCUGGGGAGCCUCUUCUAACUACGACACGUGCACGAGCGAACUUAGCCCGCAGUUUGCGGAUGUGUAUUACAAGAACAACAUCGGUCAGAAGGUGACGCUCCACAAUAUUUACAUGACCUUUGGUGGCACAAACUGGGGUCAUCUAGCAGCCCCAGUUGUCUACACUUCAUACGACUACAGUGCCCCCUUGAGCGAGAGCAGACAAGUCCGAGACAAAAUGAGCCAAACCAAGCUUAUCGGACUGUACACGAGAGUGUCCACUGGUCUGCUAACCGCAGACAUGGAGGGCAAUGGUACAGGCUAUACGUCCAGCGAAUCAGCAUACACAUGGGCUCUUCGAGACUCGAAAUCGGACGCCGGAUUCUACGUAGUCCAACAGGCGAAAUCCUCUUCACGCAGCUCCCUCACGUUUGACUUGGAUGUCACGACCUCGGCAGGAAAUAUCACAUUGACCGAUAUUAACCUUGACGGACGGCAAAGCAAGAUCAUAUCCACAGACUAUCCGCUGGGCCAUAGUACCCUCUUGUAUGCGUCUACCGACAUUGCCACCUACGGAACCUUCGGUGAUACAGAUGUAGUUGUGCUAUACUCGAGGGUGGGUCAGACUGCGUCGUUUGCUUUCAAGAACUCGGGUCGUCUCAAUUUCACCGAAUACGGUCCCUCUGUCAACCUGACUCGCAGUGCUAGCAACUCGACUACACCAUCCUAUACCUAUACACAAACCAGCGGCACGAGCGUGGUCAGAUUUUCAAACAAGAUCAUUUUCUACCUUUUGGAUACGGAGACGGCUUUCAAAUUCUGGGCACCUCCUACCACCAAGAACCCCUACGUGACCGCCGAUCAGCAUAUCUUCGUUAUUGGGCCUUAUCUUGUUCGCAGUGCCUUCGUUGAUGGAAGUGUCGUCAAUCUCAUUGGAGACAGUGACAAUGCCACAUCUAUUGAGGUCUUUGCUGGCGCCGCUGUCAACACUGUAAAGUGGAACGGUAAGCGUAUCUCGGUGACAAAGACCGCCUAUGGUAGUCUUGUUGGAUCCAUCGGUGGACCCUCCGGCACUGUUUCACUGCCCACCCUGAGCGGCUGGAAGGUCAAAAACUCGCUUCCUGAGCUCGAGUCUUCUUAUGAUGAUUCGAAUUGGACUGUCUGCAACCAGACAACGACACUAAGUCCCGUCAAGCCAUCCACUCUGCCAGUUCUCUUUGCAUCUGACUAUGGAUACUACGCUGGCAUCAAGGUUUACCGUGGUCGCUUCGAUGGCGCGAAUGUCACUGGUGCUAGUCUAACCGCCCAAGGAGGCGUGGGCUUUGGUUGGAACGUUUGGUUGAAUGGCAACUUGGUCGCUACUCUGCCGGGUGACCCUUCGGCUACAUCAUCGACUGCGACUUUGGACUUUAGCAACCAGACUUUGAAGGCGACAGACAACCUUCUUACUGUUGUGAUCGACUACACUGGUCACGAUGAGACCUCGACUGCCAAGGGCGUCGAAAACCCCCGCGGUCUGCUUGGUGCCACCCUCAAUGGCGGGAACUUCACCAGCUGGAAGAUUCAGGGUAAUGCGGGAGGAGCUUAUGAGCUGGACCCUGUCCGCGCCCCUAUGAAUGAAGGCGGACUGCUAGCCGAGCGCCAGGGCUGGCACCUUCCGGGAUACAAGGCCAAGUCAUCCGACGGUUGGACUUCUGGUUCCCCUCUUAAAGGGCUGAACAAGUCUGGUGUCGCAUUUUACUUGACCACAUUCACACUCGACCUGCCCAAGGGCUACGACGUUCCUCUCGGUAUCCGCUUCACUUCCCCAUCUACCAUAAACCCUGUACGUAUCCAGCUCUUCAUCAACGGCUACCAGUACGGAAAAUACGUUCCCGCGCUUGGGCCGCAGACCACAUUCCCGGUUCCCCCGGGUAUCAUCAACAACCGAUCGAAGAACACGAUCGGUCUCAGUGUGUGGGCCCAGACCGACGCGGGCGCUGCUCUGGAGAACAUUGAGAUUGUCAGCUACGGUGCCUACGAGAGUGGGUUUGAUGCUGGGUCGGGCACGAGCUUCGAUAUGAACGGCGCGAAGCUAGGCUACCAACCCGAGUGGACGGAGGCUCGAUUGAAGUACACUUGAGAACUUCCCAGUGACGCUCUUCAUGCUCAAUGCAUGAAGGGGUGAUCGGUGAAAUAUAUGAAGGGUGGUUUGUGUGCGUUUUGCUCUUCUGAGG